UCUCAGCCACACUGUCAAGACAGAUUAAGCACAGUAUACCGGUAUCGGCCAGUUCAAGUUAAGUGGCAGAGUCUACGUCACAGGAUAAAACAAAAAUCGUCCAUUAUCUUUAAUGUCUGCCCACUGCUAGGCAACUGCAGAAACAGGCGGUGGCCAUUCCCACUGCAACACGCGACUAGUGUGACAUUGUUUACUAUUUGGACGUGGUGGAACGUCCACACGCCAGCCUUUAUGCGGAUUGAUUUACGCUUAUCAAACAAUGCCAUCAACAGCAUCUCUUCUCUCACCAGGGGUAGAAAAUUCGCCCAGAAGAUGAUCACUAUAGAAAAGAUGUUAAAGCACUGUAUGGUACAUUCGAAUUCCCAAGGUGCUCCCAGAUGUAAGGCCAUUCGCUUCAAGGCAACGAAACCAUCAGGAUCGGACGACCGCGCAACGACGAUGGCUUCUACCAGAGGUGUUAGAAAUCAAAUCUUCGCUACCGGUGUUAUGAACCUCAUCAACCUAUCGCAUGGCGCGGCGUUAGGAUGGGUAUCGCCGUACUUGCCUAUUUUGAUGUCCCCGGAUCAAGACCUUCUCUCUACCGGACCUGUGACGGUUGAGCAAGGAUCGUGGAUAGGAUCGAUCCUCUGCCUUGGUGCACUCUUUGGAGCAUUUGUGUACGGAUACUUGGUGGAAAAGUUCGGCAUUAAGCGGACUCUGCAAGCACUAGUUAUUCCGCACUCUGCUUUUUGGAUUAUCACCUAUCUUGCCACUUCCGUCCAUCAACUGUACCUUGCCCGCUUUCUCGCUGGUCUUUCCGGCGGUGGAAUAAUCGUAGUCUUUCCUCUGUUUAUUGCUGACAUCUCGGAUAAAAAAAUCCGAGGUAUUCUAGGCUCCUUCCUAGCACUGACCAGCAAUGGUGGAUUCCUGCUCAUGUACGUCAUUGGUGACGUGCUGUCCUAUCAUACCGUCGCCCUUACCAUGCUCGCGUUUCCCUUGCUCUUCACUGUGCUGAUGUGCUUUGUUCCAGACACUCCGCAAACAUGUCUGAAGAAGGGUAGAACCGCUGAAGCUGAACGUUCGUUUAUGUUUUAUCGUGGCAUUCGAACACAGGCCGAAAAGACAAGUGCCUUGCGGCAGGAGUUUGAUAAUAUGGAAAAGUUUAUCGAGCAUAGCUCAGGCCAGAACUUUCGAGUAACGUUGGCUGAUUUUAAGUCUCGCGAAGCAAAGCUGGGCAUCUUUAUCGGUGUAUUUCUAAUGUUCAUCAAUCAAUUCUGUGGUAUCUUUGCGAUCCUCACAUACGCUGCCACGAUCUUUGCGGGCGUCGGCUCCACACUGAGUCCCAAUACAUCCGCCAUUGUCAUGGGUACGAUCCAAAUUGUUGGAACGCUCUCGUCGUUCGUGUUUGUUGAUCUGGCCGGCCGGAAAGUCUUGCUGAUCAUUUCCAUCUUCGGUACAGGGCUAGGGCUUUUCGUACUGGCAGUGUUUAACUGGCUCACUGUGAAUAUGUCGACUCACUGGAUACAGGAUUACAGUUGGUUCCCCAUCGUGAGCCUUUCCGCCACGGUGUAUCUCUUUUCCAUUGGAUUGUGUAGUAUUCCUUUCUUCGUGUUACCAGAAUUAUUACCCCAAAAGAUAUGCAAUGCCGGAAACACAUUAAGCAUGGUUUCGAUCACAAUAUUUGCGUUCAUCAGUCUUAAGAUAUUUCCCAUAAUGGUAGAGGUCAUAAACAUUUACGGUGUACUAGGGCUAUACGCAGGGAUAUCUUUCGCUGGCGUGGCUGUAAUUACAUUCAUUGUUCCGGAGACGAAGGGAAAAAAUCUCAUAUCACCUCAAAGCGUGGCUUCUCUACCAUACACUAUCAAACACAAUAUUAUUACUAUUUUCAUUUCUAUUUACCCAAGGAAUCCUUUUCCUCUAGCCGCUGACACGUGCCAGUGUUUAACAAUGCGGAUUGCACUAGAUAACCACAGAACCUUGACUCGUUUCGCACUGAAAUGCACUGCUGUACGGGAUGCGGUUGUUUGUUUUCCCAACAAAUCUUCAAAGUCAUUGCUAGUUUACGGCAGUUUGGUCCGGCGAGGCGUCAAGCGUCAUCUCAGUAGGCGUUGCAUGGAAAUCAUCCGCAUAGUCUACUGUGAUCUGCGUCGUUGCGAAAGUUGUUGUGCAAACCAGUGGUGUCCCAGAAUGCAGCCUCCACUUUCGUUGCUAUCAGUGGUGAAUCAGAUUUUUGGAACGCUCAUCGUUAAUCUCAUCGCCCUUGCCCAUGGCAUCACGCUGGGAUGGGUAUCGCCAUCGCUGGAGUAUUUGCGUUCGAACGAAACACAUCUCGUCGGAGGCCCAAUGACAGUGGAAGAAACUUCCUGGUUGGGCGCUUCCCUCUGCAUCGGUGGCAUGAUCGGGGUGACACUUUACGGAUAUCUCGCCGAUCUGAUAGGCAAACGACGAGCCAUGCAAAUCAUCGCGAUUCCUCACGUGGCAUUCUGGCUGUGUGUCAUCUUCGGAAACAGUGUCCUACAGCUCUGCAUUGGACGAGUGUUGGCUGGCAUUGCCGGUGGCGGCAUUCUGCGUAUCGUACCUCUCUUUGUGGCUGACAUUGCCGAUUCACGCAUACGGGGCAUGCUCGGUUCGCUGCUGCCCGUGUGCCUUAAUCUCGGCACCGUGCUAGCAUUCAUCCUUGGUAGCUUUGUGUCGUUUAGAACGCUUCCUCUGAUCGUGCUCGUACUACCAGCACUCUUCACCCUCGCCAUCGCCUUUCUACCAGAAACACCACCCUGCUUAUUGCGUGCAUAUCGAAGUGAAAAGGCCGAACAGUCGCUCAUGUUUUACCGGGGCGUUCGAGGACAUUUUGCAAAGUCGGAAUGUUUCCGGCACGAGUUCCAGCAGCUGAAAGAUGGGAUCGAGCUCGAAACGACGGCGUCGGACGCUGCUCUGUCGUGGACAGAUUUCACCACGAAACCAGCCCGCCAUGGUUUACUGAUGGGGAUGUUUCUAAUGCUGCUCAAUCAGUCCAGUGGCUCGAUGGCUCUCAUCACCUACGCCAGCAGUAUCUUCGAGCUGUCUAAUCCACCGUCGGCCACCACUGUCGGUGUCCUUCCCGCAUCCAUUUCCUCGAUCGUGCUGGCCACGAUACAACUCCUCGGAACUAUCAUCUCACUGGCGCUGGUCGAUCGAGUUGGACGCAAGCUUCUGUUGAUCGUGUCCUGUCUUGGUAUGACCAUCGGAUACCUCACCCUAGCCGGCUAUGUGCACUUCCUACUCCCAACCGGCUCCUCCCCGUCAGACAACGCAGUUUUUGACGCGGUUCCCAGCAUUACCAGCCGACUGUUGCCCAUCUGUAGCCUUUCGUUCAGUAUCCUGCUAGCUUCAAUCGGACUGCUGACCGUCCCGUUCAUCGUCAUGGCCGAGGUUUUGCCGUCGAAGAUAAGAAAUAUUGGCAGCACAAUCUGCACGACGAUCGUUGCUUUGUCCGCGUUCGCGGUGCUGAAGGUAUUUCCUGUCCUACUCGAUACGAUUGGACUGGCGGGUACGAUGGCAGGUGUUGCGGUGGUGUGUUUAGUCGGUGCAACGGUGGUCAUACUGUUUCUACCCGAAACGCACGGCAAGUCACUGGUGCCGAUAGCCGCAGAAGUGGAGCAAAACUCGGAAAUAAAUAGAACGGAGGGAGUCUAAACGCACAGCGCGAGGCACUCCAUUAUUUUGAA